AUGAGCGGCGCCCACCCACUCAACCAGAAGUGAGCAAACAUCCUGUUCAAUGUCCUGUCCUAGAGCUAUCCCACGCACUCUCUGAGCGGCAGAGGGGAUCCAUGGAACUGGUAACACGUUGAUUUAUUUGUUUACCUUUUUAAAAGAUAAGACUAGUGGCGUACCGUUAGAUACCAAACAAGGGGAGCGGUUCUGUUAUAUGGAAAGCGCUUUACAAAGCAACUUCGGUGCUAAGAAGAAAGCAAUGCCUUGCCACAACCAACACUUGAAUAAUGCUAACCCCAGCCAACCAGAGCAUGCUGCGACGGGCAGCACCAAGCAGGUUCGGUUUGCGAACAGCAGCCCCACGAUACCAGCAAGCAGUGACCCACGCGAAGAAGACAAAAGGAGCGAAACUGACAUCAUAAGUACUGUACAACAGAUCGGCCCACAGCUGAAACUGCUGCCGCUGAACGACCAAAUCCGAGAGCUUCAGACCAUCAUCAGGGAUAAGACAACAACCAGAGGAGACUUUGUAUUUUGUGCUGAUCGUUUGAUCAGGCUGGUUGUGGAAGAAGGCCUCAAUCAGUUACCGUACACAGAGUGCACAGUGACCACUCCUACAGGGCACAAGUAUGAUGGUGUUAAGUUUGAAAAGGGCAACUGUGGCGUCAGCAUCAUGCGAAGCGGAGAGGCGAUGGAACAGGGCCUGCGGGACUGCUGCAGAUCCAUCCGCAUCGGCAAGAUCCUCAUCCAGAGCGACGAGGAGACUCAGAAAGCCAAAGUGUUCUACGCCAAGUUCCCACCGGACAUCUACAGAAGGAAGGUUCUCCUCAUGUACCCCAUACUGAGCACUGGGAAUACAGUGAUUGAGGCUGUGAAAGUUCUCAUAGAGCACGGGGUUCAGCCCAAACACAUCAUACUGCUUAGUCUCUUCUCAACUCCACAUGGUGCAAAAUCAAUUGUCCAGGAAUUUCCAGACAUCACAAUCCUGACUACUGAGGUUCACCCUGUGGCCCCGACGCAUUUUGGACAGAAAUACUUUGGAACAGACUAAAAAGAAAGUCUUCAAAAACAUGCAGACGCCAUUUCAACUGCGUUUUUGAUAGUAUACGUUUUUUUUUUUUGUUUUUUUUUGGAAACGUUAUUUGAACCUCUGCUUUGGCAACAAUCUGUGGAUGUGCACUGCGCUGCCUUUAUCUGCCGUCUUUCCCUCUGGAACAAAGCCAGGUGUUUUUAAAAAGCACAUUCCAUACCGAUCUGACAGGGAGUGGUGUGCUUGCAUGGAUUGCUGAGCACUCUGUGCUACAAUUUUAUUUAUUUCUGUGGUAGUCAUUUAGAAUCUGCUGCUUGACGUUAAAGAAAAAAAAAAAAAAACAUUAAAAAUAUUUUUUAUUUAAA